AUGAAGACCACCACCCUCGCCGCCGCCGCCACCCUCCUCUCGGCCUCGGCCGUCACAGCCCUCCCCAGGAGCCCCCUCCGCGUCUCCAACGCCGUCGCCGCCGCCCAAGCCACAUCCAAAGUCAAAUACGCCGGCCUCAACAUCGCCGGCUUCGACUUCGGCUGCGGCACCGACGGCACCUGCACGCAGACAUCCGCCAACGCAACGGACCCGAUGACCAUCACCAACGGCGCGCAGGGCCAGAUGAACCACUUCGUCGCCGACGACGGCCUCAACGCGUUCCGGCUGCCCGUCGGCUGGCAGUACCUGGUCGCGCACCAGCUCGGCGGCGACCUCGACGCGGCCAACGCGGCAAAGUACGACGCCCUCGUCCAAGGCUGCCUGACGUCCGGCGCCGAGCUCUGCAUCGUCGACGUGCACAACUACGCGCGCUGGAACGGGCAGAUCAUCGGCCAGGGGGGUCCGACGAACGAGCAGUUCGUGUCCCUCUGGAAGCAGCUGGCGACGAAGUACAAGGACAACGCCAAGGUGGCCUUCGGCGUCAUGAACGAGCCGCACGACGUGCCGGACGUCGGCAAGUGGGCGGACACGGUGCAGGCGGUCGUGACGGCGAUCCGUAACGCUGGUGCGACGAGCCAGUACGUGCUGCUGCCCGGCAACGACUGGACGAGCGCCGCCAGCUUCGUGUCGGACGGGUCGGCGGCGGCGCUGGCCAAGGUGACGAAUCCGGAUGGGUCGACGGAUGGGCUCAUCUUUGAUGUGCACAAGUACAGCGACAGCGACAACUCGGGCACCCACACUGAGUGCACUACUAACAACAUCGACGACGCCUUCAGCCCGCUCGCUGACUGGCUGCGCGAGAAUAACCGCACUGCCAUUAACACUGAGAGCGGUGGCGGUAACACUGAGUCGUGCGAGAAGCUGUACUGCGAGCAGAUUGAGUUCUUGAACAAAAACGCCGACGUCUUCCUCGGCUACACUGCCUGGUCGGCCGGCGGCUUCGACGAGACGUACGAGCUCGUCCAGACGCCCAUCAAGAACUCGGACGGCAGCUACACCGACAGGGCGCUGACCCAGAAGUGCACCGUCGGAGCGUGGAAGAGCGCGUAG